CUCUUGUGACUUCUCUCUACGGUCUCAGAUGCUUCACUGAAGAGCGUCGGCAGCAGCACUCUGACUGUGUCGCCCUCUUUCUCUCUUGCCCCCCCCCUACCUGCUUCUCAGCUCUUCCCUUUCCAGUUCUCUCCUUACACGCGUUCUGCCAAGAAGUUUUGGGUGGUCGCGAGUCCUUUUUUGGCUGCGCACAUUGAGCAGCACACUGCUCGGCAAGUGAUAACCGCAAGCCACGGCUCGGAAUUGCUCAUAAGCAGGCGAUUGCAGACGCCCAUCUCUACUCUGGCUCACCCCCUCCCCUCGUCUCCACAUCGACCAUCUCCCUUUCCUACUCUCCUCUCACUCUCCUCUUCCCUCCCAUCUUUUACCUAACAUUUCGACUCCUUCCCACUCUGACAAGGCCACAUUGAAUACCGCCCACUACCCUCGCGCAAUCCCACCUUCGAACUUAACGCGAUGGUGAAUGCAACUGUCGCCCCCGAGGGCAUCUACACAACUGCCGAUGGGCAGGAGUAUCUCUACAAUGUCGGAGACAUCUCGUGGGUCCUCACGUCAAGCGCUCUGGUCUUCAUCAUGAUUCCCGGUCUGGGCUUCUUCUACUCCGGUCUGCUGCGCAAAAGAAGCGCUUUGAGUAUGAUUUGGAUGUCCAUGGCGGUCUUUGCUGUCGUCUUCUUCGAAUGGUUCUUCUGGGGCUUCUCGCUCGCCUUCUCCAAGACCGGCUCGCCCUUCAUCGGUAACUUGGACCACUUUGGCUUCAUGGGUGUUGACAUUGGACCCUCGACCGGCUCCGACUUCAUGCCCCAGUUGGUGUACGCAUUCUACCAGGCCAUGUUCGCGUGCAUCACGCCAGUCAUUGCUUGCGGUGCUUUCGCAGACCGGGCUAGGCUCGGACCCGUUCUUCUCUUUGCCUUCUGCUGGGCUACCAUUGUUUACAACCCUCUGGCCUGCUGGACCUGGAACCUGUCUUCCGGCUGGCUUGCAAGCCUGGGCGCCCUCGACUUUGCGGGAGGAACACCCGUCCACAUUUCCUCCGGAACAGCCGCGUUCGCGAUCUCCCUAUUCCUCGGCCGCAGAAAAGGAUACGGCACGGACGCCCUCGCCUACAGACCUCACAACGUCGCCAACGUCAUCCUCGGCACCGUCUUCCUGUUCUUCGGCUGGUUCGGUUUCAACGGCGGUAGCGCUCUUGGUGCUAACCUGCGCGCAGCAAUGGCCAGCACUGUCACUGCCUUGUCCGCCUCCGUCGCCGGAUUGACUUGGAUGCUGCUGGACUGGCGCCUCGAGCGCAAGUGGUCCGCUGUGGGUCUCUGCAGUGGUAUCAUCUCUGGUCUCGUUGCCAUCACUCCCGCUUCUGGAUAUGUCGGCGCUCCCGCUGCUGUCGCCAUCGGCUUUGUGGGCGCAGUCUGCUGCAACUUUGCAACUAGUUUCAAGGGCCUCGUCGGUGUUGACGAUGCGCUCGACAUCUUCGCUGCCCACGGUGUGGGAGGCUUUGUGGGUGACAUCCUCACCGCUUUCUUCGCCGACAGCCGAGUCGCUUCAUUCGACGGCUCUGACCCCAUCGACGGUGGAUGGAUCAACCGUAACUGGAUCCAGCUGGGAUACCAACUUGCUGAUGCGACGGCAGGAAUGGCGUACAGCUUCGUCGUCACUCUGAUCCUCCUCUUCCUCAUCGACCGCAUUCCUGGUUGCCACUUCCGCGCUUCUGAGGAGGCCGAGGUCAUUGGUGUCGACCUCGAUCAGAUCGGAGAAGAGGCCAUUGUGUUCCCAGCCAACCACAGCCCUUACUCUGAUGAUGUGGAGCGCGCAGAGUCCAACACUCCUCACGGCAGCACGUACAAGGCCGACGAGAAGCCCUCUGCACAGCCUCAAGGCGAGGUCGUAGCAGCCUGAUCAAUGCUUCGCCCGCACCUCGAUUGCACCUCUUCACCCCUUUACCCAGCCUUCCAUACCCUUCUUGCUCGUGCUCAAAGGCGUCAUCGCUUCUCCUUUGGCUCAUCCGUGGUCGCGCACCGUUCUUGGUGCUCUAUUCGUUCGCCUUCUCACCGAUUGCCACCUCGGCGCUUGACCCCUUUACCACAAACCUGUAACGAUACCGUCAGAAAUUGAAAAGAAUCAUCAUUUAGAGAGACG